AUGGCCACAACGAACAUCGAGCGACAAGUCGACCAAGCCCGAGACGCCACCCAUGAAACCCCCCAGAUCGUCGCCAGCAAAGCUCAAUCGGCACUGGAGUCUGUCAACCAGAUGGGUAUAGUCCAGCACUAUGUUUUCCCUCCCGCGGGAUACCUCAAGAAUCUAUAUGUCCAAGCUCCCACCAGUGUCAAGAUUGGGGUCGUUGGGUUUGGAGCCAUGUCGGCUUUUCCUUUGGGCUGCUUCAUGGGCUUCAUGGGGUUUGUAGGAUUCGCAAUUUUCAGCUUGGUUUUCCUGCUCCCAGCUUUGGGAGUCUCGCUGCUGGUUGCCUGCGGCGUCGGGUUGGUCAGCAUGGUCGCCUAUGUCGGGUACCUCCUUUCCUGUGCAGUCCUAAGUAUCAUCUGGGGACAUGGUGACUUGCGCAAGGCUAAGCGACAGAUCCGGGAGGCCAAGCAGAGGGCUAAUAAGGGCUGUCGACGAGCCAACGGCUAA